AUGGCGACACUGAAAGUUCCGAAGAUAAUCACCACCAGUUAUUCAAGGAGUUCAAGUCCACAACCCUCAAGAUCGCGUUCGCGAUGCACAAGCCCACAUACACUUUCACGUAAUCCAAGUCCGAUACCGGGAUCAUUAUCCAGAUCUGCAAGUCCGCGGCCACGCUCUCGAAGUCAAAGUCCAAUGCCAACCAUAAGUCGCGAUGAAAACGAUGCAAUUCGACGAAUAGUUGAUGAAAUAAUGGUGAAUUUUGUAGAGAUGAGGGAUAAGGGACAUUCUGAUGAAAGCAUAACCAGGUACAUCUGUGAUUCCAUAAUUUCAAAUAAGCGACAACCAUUUCAGAUUUACGAUUGGCUAUUGAACAAUCAGAAUACUGUUCAAUAUAUCACCCUGCUAGGAUAUUUUCAUUUAGAGGCGAUUGGAACAGAAGAGGAUUUAAAGAAAAGUUUUCAUUCUUUCCUUACUGCUUCAAAGAUGGAUUAUCCGGUUGCUCAAGAUUUCUUGGCCGAUUGUUACAGUUUUGGAUAUGGCACACCAAAGAAUGAGGAGCUUUGCUUUAUGUGGUACACAAAAGCAUUUGAAGGUGGUAGUAUUAAUGCAGAGUAUAGUAUAGGCGCAUGUUAUAAAUCUGGAUUCGGAAUCAAUAGAGAUACGAAAAAGACUAUACAACAUUACAAAAAUGCCUCAAAAAAAGGGAAUGUAGUAGCGAUGUAUUAUUUGGGUUGGUGCUACGAGAAAGGUGUGGGCAUGAAAAAGAAUUUUAAGAUGGCAAUUAGUUGGUAUAACAAGGCACUGAAAAAUGGAUAUGUACUUGCCCAAAAUGACACGGAUAGACUGGUAUAUAAAAUGGGACAAUCAUAUUCGGACAUUUCGUCAGAACCUUCGUCAAUAAUGGAUUCACAGGAUGAAUUCGAGGAUGAGAAUGAAGAUGAAUUGGAGAUCGAAGAGAGUGGAAAUACAUCGCAG